UAAAAACUUUAGAUGUCGAGUUUGAAGUACACCAUACCAGUAUUCCACCAGUUUCUACGGAGCGAGCACUUCUCUGUACAAACUAGAGAGAGAAAGAGGAGAGAGAAGAUGAAGAGUUAUAAGCUCAUCAUCGCUGUUAUAGCAAUUGUUGGUAUAUUGUUGUUGAGCAAUGGACCAAAUGAAGCCCUAGCCUCAAGUUCAGUAUCGGCCUACGUACAGAAUGCAAUCUACUCCAACAAGAUUGCCAUUUUCUCCAAAUCAUACUGUCCGUAUUCCCUGCGUGCCAAGCGCGUAUUCAGUGAACUACAUGAGCAACCUUUUGUUGUGGAGCUUGAUCUUCGAGAUGAUGGGUAUCAAAUUCAGAAUGUCCUUUUAGAUCUGGUGGGCCGACGCACUGUUCCACAAGUAUUUGUGAAUGGGAAACAUAUCGGUGGCAGUGAUGAUCUCAAAACGGCUGUCCAGAAUGGUUCCUUGCAUAACCUUCUUGGUAGUAGCUGAUUAAAUACUGGAAAGUUGAGAAACCUCGGCAUCUUGGUUGGAGCUGCAAAUGCUGAUAAUUAAUUUGGAGGUCGUUGAAGGUUCUUUGUUAGAAUUGUAAAAUCUGAACCAAAAUUUAUAGCAAAAUAUUGAUCUUGGCAACUCAUUGAAAACCCUAAUUCAUGUUGAGGUAGUCUUGACUUUGAUCCCUUAAUGGAAACCAGUGUUACUGACAUAGUGUUGACAAUAUGUAUGGUAUGAGAAUCUGAAUUUGGAGAAGAUAUGGAUACAUCUAGAAAUUCCAGAUUUGUGCAUACAUCUUGAAAUUGCAGAUUUUUCUUA